UACAGUAAACGAAUUGGUGCAAUGAAAUUUCAUGUCAAACAAUAAUCAUACACCCAAGCAAUCGUUGAAGUUCGAUGACUCUGGAUCGAGUCGGAACGUAAACUAUAAAACGAUUGAUCGCGUAGGAAAUAAUUUCACGUUUUGAAAUAAUUUUAAACUCGUGGCAAAACGUUAUUUUUAGAGACGGUCUCUAGGCAGGAGCCGACAGAUAAUUUUGGCAUCGAACUGCUAGAAAUCGAUUGCUAUACAAGUUAUUUUUAAAAAGCAGGAUUUCUGUUAAAUCGAGUCUAGACGUUUCGUGCAAUUAUUUCGAACGCCAUCGCCGUGUAAAUCGUGUUCCUUACUCUUUCAUCAUACGAUCGAGCACACGACAAUUCUCUUUAAACCUAACAUUCAGAAAUUAGAAAAUACUGUCUAUACAUCGAAACGCGUAGACGCUUAGAAAUAGUUACAGUGACAGCGGCACGUGUCAUGGCUGUCUGUUGUCAUAAACGUUAGUUGCGUACCCGUAAGUUUUAACGGAGAUCGAAGGCUAUCAGUUACUUAUAAUAAUUAAAAUGAGGGAGGACACCGUGUUGAGCUUAAAGUGGCACAGUUUCCCGUCGCAUUUAGCCGUUUCGCUCGAUACGUGUUAUGAGAAGCAACAGUUUGUGGAUCUUUCUUUAGUAUGUAAGGACGGGACGAUUUUAAAAUGUCACAAGAUGGUAUUGGCCAAUUCAAGUUCGUUCUUCCGUCGGCUACUCAUGGCCAACGAGCAUCCUCACCCUAUGAUCAUUCUUCACGAUAUCGAAGCGGACGAUCUAAAGACUAUCAUUAAUUUUAUGUACUGCGGCGAGAUACAAGUUGUUCAAAGUGAGGUUAGAAGGCUGCUGAAACUGGCCGAAAUUUUGGAAGUCACGGGACUACGGCACAUUCAAACUUCCGUGUUAGGCGGUGAAUCGAACAUUGUGCCUCACGACUCGUCUAGGAAAACGACCACUGUAUCCCGAUUGAAAAUCGAGGAACCAAAAAGUUUACCCACCAAAACAGUACCUGAUCAUGACCCGAAUAUUAGACAGCAAAAUAAAACGAACAACCAAACGACGAGAUUCCCACCGGCUACUCACACUCACAAGAGUGGAAAUAAAGUUCCACAAGAAGCUGCCAAGAAAAGCGAGGAGGGUAAUGUUAAUUUAUUAAAUCAACGACUAGACACCGGGAGAUCAGGGAUCAGUAUUGUAGACAUUAACGAUAUGCCAAGUACCAGUAGAGGAAUUGGGAACCCACCGCUUCAGAAGAGGAAAGAAGCUUGUGAACCUGUAAUUAGUUGGCCCAGGGUUUUAUCAGCUAUAUGCAAAGAUAAGCCUCUACCCUUAAAAAAAUUAUGUAUUAUGGAUGAAGUAGAAAUCACGGCUGGCAAAUCGAAUCAACAGCCUCAAAGAAACGAACCACUGGACAGAAGGAAACAGAGGACUAAUUCAGAAAGCAACGAAUCUAUGAAAUGUGCAGUUUUCAUAAAAGACGAAGUGGACAUAUUCGAGACAGAAGAAGAUGCCGAUAUGGAUCCCCUCGAGGUUGAAGAAAUUGAGAAUGAAAAUGCUGAAAUUUUGGCUGGAUCAUCUCAAAUGUUUUCUAUGAAAAAUAUGGAUCCAAAGUUCUACAGUUCCACGACACUAUCAGAGUAUCCUCCAAGAAAGGGAUCCAAUGGUUAAUGAAUGAAACAAUCACGUUCUCUAAUUGAAAUCAUUGAUAUAUGUUGCUUUGAAUAUAAUACUUAGACUGAAUAAACUCAUGUGAUUAAAUACUUUUUUUAAACUAAAAACACUGCAAAAUUUAACAUAUAUAAAUUAACCAUAGCUCAUCACAUCUAUGUAACUUGUUACUUUCUUACAUGAUCUUGUUCCUUUUAUAAUAAAUCGAAUUAAAAUAA